CAAUACCACAACGUUACAGGAAACGGAUGUUGUUGACGUUUUCAUCGCAGCGGCAUCCGGUAUUUCAAGACUGGCUAGCUUGGCGAAACAGAAGCUUACGGCGAAAUUGUCCACUUUAUAACACGAAGGGCAGAAAAGAUAGCUCGGUCAGAUCCACUUCUCAACAAUGGACGCGGUUUUUGUGGAUUUUUCUUAUAUUAUUUGUUUGUCCGUUGUCGCCAGCUUGGCCAGUUAGCUCAGCUGGCUAACUGGCUAAUUAAACCCCGACAAGUGCUCGGCUGCUUGUCUGACUGGUUUACGAAAGAGAACUGUCAAGAGGAGGAAAUUAUUAAAUUAUAUCUUUAAAAGUUUACAGUUGACACACCAGAGUGAUAACAGGAGCUAGUAUGAACAAGAGUUUCCUAAGGCUGUUAGUUUGACUUCUGGUUUAAUAAUUGGCUGUAGAUAGUGUGUGGAGUCAUAGAUAUAGCUAUAUCUAUGGUGUGGAGUAGCUAAGUAAAUUACAUGAUUUGUGGAGUGGGAUUAUUAACACAGAACAAGGCCGACUGCGUUGGUUUACAGUGAGUCUCAAAUAUGACAAUGUGUCGUGAUAACUAAAAUGACCAUACGUUUCCUUGAUCGCUGUUCCGUGAAGACUAGCUACAUCUAGAAAAUAAAAUUAUGGUACAUUUCCUAUUUAGAUCGCAGGAUUAAUUUGAUUUAGCGUGUUUGCUUUGGGGCAGAGUUAAAUGUUACGUGUAACGUUACGUGCCAACGUGUCACACGUGUACAAUAGAUCCGGGUGACAGUUUGGGAAAAUAAACAGGUGUGACUCACAACCUGCUCACGGGACGUGGAGUAGCUUUGCACUACAACUACUGCCUGGUACAUCUCUUUCAGUUUACACCUCGAUCUCUGGUUACUUGAAAUAAAAACAUUGCUAACUAUUUAAUAGCAUUUUGGGCUGUAAGUGCACAUAUGAAAGCGUACAAACAGUGUACAUAGUAACUCCUUGACUUAUAGUCGUGUUUUGGAUGUUUGCUAAGCAACACAGAUGGAGUGUAGUUAGCCAAGAUUUAGCAACAAGCUAACAUGAUUUCAUGAUGUUUUCUGUACCUAUUGAUGAUUAAGUGGUACAUCUUAGGCAAAGCCAAAACGUGCUAUAUCAUGAUCUCAGAGGUAAAACAUUAAUGGGUUGGUGUAGGUUUAUAUUUCUGUUGGUUUGACCUGUUUGGUUAGGGCGGUGGUAAUGACUAGGUAUUUGCUCUGUGACCGACCGAGACCCAAACUGGUUUUAUGUAUAUUGCUGCGAUCUUGCCCACCUACCACAAUGCCAGCUGUACUGUUCUCAUUGAUGAUACUCGGAGCAUUAUGCAGCCUCGGACACGCCAUGUCACGGGAGGAGAAGCUCAGGUUGAGGAACCAAGUGGUUGAGAUGUUUGACCAUGCAUAUCAGAAUUAUAUGGACCAUGCAUACCCAGCCGAUGAGCUGAUGCCACUAACAUGCAGAGGCAGAGUACGUGGACUUGAACCCAGUCGAGGUGACGUAGACGACGCUCUGGGAAAGUUCUCUCUGACCCUCAUAGACACUCUGGAUACUCUAGUGCUUUUGAACAAGACGACAGAGUUUGAGGCGGCAGUGAGAAGGGUGCUGUCAGAUGUGAGGCUGGACAACGACAUUGUGGUGUCGGUCUUUGAAACCAACAUUCGAGUCCUUGGCGGUCUGUUGGGAGGGCACUCCAUGGCUGUGAUGCUGAAGGAGGGAGGUCAACACAUGCAGUGGUACCAGGAUGAGCUCCUACAUAUGGCCAAAGACCUGGGUCUCCGACUGCUGCCAGCCUUCAACACCAGUAGUGGCCUGCCCUAUCCCAGGGUGAACUUGAAGUUUGGUGUCAGGGGUCCUGAGACAAGAACGGGCACAGAAACAGACACCUGCACUGCAUGUGCAGGAACCAUCAUCCUGGAGUUUGCUGCCUUAAGUCGCUUCACUGGGGAUCCUGUGUUUGAGGCCCAUGCCCGGAGAGCUCUGGACUUUCUGUGGGAGAAGAGACAGAGAAACAGCAAUCUGGUGGGAACCACCAUCAACAUCCACUCCGGAGAGUGGGUCCGCAGGGACAGCGGAGUAGGAGCGGGAAUUGACUCGUACUAUGAAUACCUGCUAAAGGCUUACAUCCUCUUGGGAGAUGACCUGUUUCUGGAGCGGUUUAAUAUUCACUAUGCAUCUAUAAUGAAGUACAUUAGCCAGCCUCCACUUCUGCUGGAUGUCCACAUCCACAAACCUCUGCUUCCUGCUCGCACCUGGAUGGACUCUCUGCUGGCCUUCUUCCCGGGACUGCAGGUGUUGAAGGGAGAUAUCCGUCCUGCCAUCGAGACUCAUGAGAUGUUGUAUCAAGUUACAAAGAAACACAACUUCCUCCCAGAGGCCUUCACUACUGAUUUCAGGGUACACUGGGCCCAGCAUCCCCUGAGGCCUGAGUUUGCAGAGAGCACCUAUUUCCUUUACAAGGCCACAGGAGACCCAUAUUACCUGGAGGCAGGUCGCACCAUCCUGGACAACCUCAACCGCUUUGCUCGUGUUCCCUGCGGCUUUGCUGCAAUGAAGGACGUACGCACUGGCAGCCACGAGGACAGAAUGGACUCCUUCUUCCUUGCUGAGAUGUUCAAAUACUUGUUCCUGCUGUUUGCUGAAGCGGAGGACUUACCGUUUGACGUGGAGGACUACAUCUUCACAACCGAGGCCCACCUGCUGCCCCUGUCCCUCUCCACAGCCCCUCACUCUUCAUCUAUUCCCUCAAACAGAACGUCAGAGGAGGAGCUGGACGACUCUAACUUCGAUUGGACCUGCCCUAACACUCGGCUCCUGUUUCCUGACCCCGCCUACCCUGGUAACUUGAGAGACCCAAUCCGUAGUGCUGUGGACAAGAGCUGCCCCCGCCCUGCUCCUUACAGGGAGCCCGGUAUGGGCCGUCCUCCCCUGAGGGCUCAGGACUUCAUGGCAAACAACCCUGAACAUCUGGAGCUGCUGAGGAGAAUGGGAGUCAGUCUGAUCCACCUGAAAGAUGGCAGGGUGCAGCUGGUCCAGCAUGCUACACAGGCGGUGAGUGCGGUAGCAGCAGAGGACGGCGUGCGUUUCAUGCAGGAAAUGAUGGAGCUGUCCAGCCAGCAGCAGAAAGAGCAGCUGCCUCCCAGAGCCAUUCAGAUCGUCUCACAUCCAUUCUUUGGCAGAGUUGUGCUGACCGCCGGCCCAGCACAGUUUGGCACAGACCUGUCCAAAAGUUCUACAGGGUUACGAGGCUUUGUGACUGUGGCUGAACCCUACAGCGGCUGUAUGGACAUCACCAAUGCGGAGUACGUCCGGGGCCACAUCGCUCUGCUUCAGAGGGGUCAGUGCAUGUUUGCAGAGAAGGCCCGACACAUCCAGAAAGCUGGCGCCAUCGGAGGCAUAGUCAUCGAUGACAACGAGGGCAGCAGCAGCGACACGGCUCCCCUGUUUCAGAUGGCCGGGGACGGCCGCAGCACAGAUGACAUCACCAUGCCUCUCCUCUUCCUCUUCCACAAGGAGGGCAACAUCCUUUUGGAGGCGCUGAAGGAGUACAGAGAGGUGGAGGUGCUGCUGAGCGACAAAGCCAGAGACAGAGGUAUGGACGUGCAAGAAGCGAAGGAAGACUUCUUAACUGAGGCAACAACUCCCACCUCAUUUGAACCCAUAAGCCAAUCGCAAGAGAGCACGUUGGAGCUAGACGAAUUGGCUCCUGAAGAGGUUACUCCAUCACAGGGGGAAGUCAGUCCUGUAGGUCAGGACACUAGUCCUGUAGAGGAAGUUCGACCACCGGAAGAGGAAGCCAGUCCUGCAGAGGCACAGGUGGAUUUGGCAGAGCCCAAAGAGGAGACAGACUCUGAGAAGAGAGAGGAGCCUGAAGGCGACACAGACUCAAGCAGCCAGUCAGUGGAUGAACUGAUGGCUGAUUGGCGAGAAGACUUGGAGGCGUUCCAACAGAUGGAGAAGGAUGAGCUCUGACAGUCGUCGGGCGUGCCGUGCCCUGUGACUGCGGUUUGAUCCCACUGUGGGGGAGAAACCUGGAGGGAAUAUGUCUUCACAAGUCACCAGUCUCAAUCUGGUGAAUUUAGAGGAUGCUGGGGAAAUGUCUUUCAUGACUGUUUGUUCUCUUGCUCUCUGUUAAUUGUGUCAUGUGCCAAGGCAGCCCGCAUACUGUAUCUCCGGACCAUAAGGGAGUCCUUUUUAGCCUGAAAGUUUGUUUAUGGAUAAGAGACCAGGGUUCUUACCUCACUUUCUCAUACAGUUUCUGUGUAUCUGUCAUAACAAAGCCCUAAUGAAUGACAUAGUCCAGACAGCGUCUCACUUUCCAUUCCAAAUUCCUUCUCACACUGUCGUUCUCUCUCUAUGCAUUUCUGACUCCUUUUUGCUCAAAUUAAUGCUGGUCCAACAACUACUAAUUAAUCCAUCGACCAAUUCAUUUUAUUUUCAAUGUGAUGAUUAUUUGUGAUAAUACAAUUACUAUCUUAGGGAUCCUGGGCCUAAUCUUAUGUACACAUCUAUGUGAGUUAAGGACUUAAUUCAUGUGGGGAUCGGUGACAUUGAAUAAGCUGCAGGAUCUUUUUUUUAAGGCUUUAUGGUAGACAUACUCAACACCAAACUUGAUCUCUCUGGAGGAUAUAUGAAGUCAUCUGUCAAUGUAAAUAUGUGUUUGUCAAGAUAUAUUGACUGAAACAAUGUAGCGCUGCUUUGCUCAGGUUCUGGUUCACCCAACAAACAGCCUCUGGACCACAUUGGGUGGAGCAGACACACCCACACGCCGCCACAGGAGGGCGCUAUGAGAUCUGUCUGUCAUGCUUUAACUGUUGACUGAUUGGAAGGAGCAGAAAUAAGCCACUAAAUUAACCUGAUGAAAUUAAAUAAAAAUGAAGAGGGAAAAUGGGAA